AUCCAUACCACCUCCACAUUCCAACUCCAAUCUUUAUCCCAGAAUAUAAUCACCAUGUCCGCCAUCAUGAACUCCCUUCGCCCCUCCCUCCGCGCCGCCUCCACCGCCGCGCGCUCCUUCAGCACUACCUCGCGCCGCGACCUCGCCCGCAUGAUCCUUACCGGUCGUCUGGGCACCGAGCCCGAGCUGCAGGCCACCGCCUCUGGCCGCGAGGUUAUCAGAUACGUUGUUGCUAGCGACUACGGCCGUACGCAGAGCCGCAAGACGGACUGGUUCCGUGUGGCUUCAUUCCCGGAUUCAGAGAGUCAGAAGAACUUUUUGCUUAACUUGCCUAAGGGCUCGCUUGUCUACGUCGAGGCCGAUACCAGUUUGCGUCAGUACGAGGAUGCCGAGGGCAAGAAGAACACACAGUUGUCUCUUGUGCAGCGCAACAUCGAUGUCCUCCGCCGCCCCUUCGUCAGAAGAGAGGAGGGCGAGAACUCUGAGGGCUCCGAGUCUGCCGAGAAUCAAUAAAUGAAUUAGGAAUUUAGAUAUACGGUGCCUUAUGGAGAUCUAAUUGUCGAUUAUGUCUUAACUUCAUUCUAUCUCCUUUGGUCCUUGUCCCCUGUACUAUUAUUACGAUGUUAGUCG